AAUGUGUUAAGCUAAACUUUCAGGAAAAGUCUGUUCACCCUUUUUAUGUCUAACAAAGACACUGACAUUAGAAUAAAACAUCUCAGAUUUGGACUCAUCAGACCAAAGGACUGUUUUCACUGAUCUUAUGUCCUUGUAUUAACUGGCAGAAACAGGUCUGUUCCGCUUGUUGUCCUUCUGAAGUAACAUUAAGCUGUUGUUCAUAAAGGUCUGACUAAUGCCGUUUCCUGAGAACAGUGGGUGUUGAAAUAUGUCUGCGACUUGAACUCCAAGAAGCAUUUAAUGUAAAUUGGUGGUUUCUGAGGCUGGUAAUUCGAAUAAACUUAUCCUCUGCAGCAGAGGUAGCUCUUGUUUUUCCUUUUCUUUUUCAUUAUAUUGUUUGAUGGUUUUGGAGAGUGCACUUGCAGAUACAUUUAAACUUCACUUCUUAAAGUAAUGAUGGCCUGUCUUUUCUCUGUCCUUAACUUAGCUUUUCUUGACAUUGUAUGGAUUUGUACAGUAAUCGAAGAAGCACUAAUAGGGGCUAUCGAAUAAACAAGGCAACUGUUAGUCAAGCACAUUAAGAAGGCAAGAAGUGUCACAAAUGAACUCUUGACUAGGUACACCUGUGAACUGAAAACCAUACCAUAUCAUAUGUGUUUUUAGUUUGCAAAGCCGUCAUCAAACCAAAAUGUAGCUACUUUGGAAAAUAUAAAACGUUCUGAAAAGGUUUAAGGGUUAUGGUAUAGUGUCGUUGACUCUGGUGCACGGUGUUCUUGGUGGUGUAGGAGUCGCUCAGAGGUAACGUUGGACUUCUGAUCAGAAGAUUGUUGAGUUCAAAUAUUCCACCACCACUAAACUGCUCAGUUGUAUAAAUGGCAUAAAUAAAUAAGAUAAUCACUCUGGAUAAGGGUGUCUAACAAAUGCCAUAAAAAAUAAUAAAAAAUUUAUGCUGGGUUGUUUAACAACUACUUUUUGUUCACUACCUAAUUCCAUUCGUGUCCUUUCAUAGUCUGGAUGUUCUCAAUGUUAAUGUUUAAAAAUAAUAAUAAAAAAAAUAAAAAAAAUAAAGGAGAAGGUGUGUGUCCAAACUUUGCACAUCUUGGUGCAGUGUGAAACCCAAAGGCCAGUAUCUAGACCUUUAUUUUGAAGUGACAUUGCCCUGGCUCGGAAAUGUCGUGCUGUGUCUCUCAGGCUUCUCCACGCCACUGAUCUUCUCAUCACCAACUCCAAGGAGCUCACAUGGACCUGCUCUAAACCUCUUGUCCUGUUUCCUCACGCAGGCGAUGUUCUGAUUUAUGAGCGACCUCUUCCUGUACACCUGUUUGGGAAUAACGCGGCCGUCCACUCCUUUGGUUUUUUUUGCGGAUCUGUCGAAACACACACACACACACACACACACACACACACACACACUCUGAGCAAUGGCGACUCCCAGUCCUAGCACGAACUCCCCAACUUCAUGCAACAGCAUGACCGUGGCAGGAUCCCCGCUGCAACAUCACCAAAUGCAGACCCAACACCUACCCACUAUGAGCAGUAUGCAGGAGUCCAACACUUGCUGGAGGUGUCAGAAUGAAACAGGGUUUCAGAUAAAUCUGUCUGGUGCUCCUCAAAGUAAACGCAAAGCACUGAAGCUAAACUUUGCCAAUCCUCCGAUUAAACCGAACACAAGACUCCCCAUCGCAUCAGCCAACACCUCCUUCCAUAAUCCGCACAUAGAAAGACUGCGCAAUCACAGUAUCGAGUCAUGUGGAAAGCUGAAGAUUUCUCCCGAGCAGCACUGGGACUUCACUGCUGAAGACCUGAAGGACCUAGGCGAGAUCGGCCGAGGAGCCUACGGCUCAGUCAACAAAAUGGUUCACAAGCCCAGUGGUCAGAUCAUGGCUGUUAAGAGGAUUCGUUCCACCGUUGAUGAAAAAGAACAGAAGCAGCUGCUCAUGGAUUUAGACGUGGUUAUGAGGAGUAGCGAUUGUCCCUACAUCGUCCAAUUUUAUGGUGCUCUGUUUCGAGAGGGCGACUGCUGGAUAUGUAUGGAACUCAUGUCUACCUCGUUCGACAAAUUCUACAAAUAUGUAUAUUGCUCAUUAGAUGAUGUCAUUCCAGAGGAAAUACUAGGCAAAAUUACGUUAGCGACUGUGAAAGCACUGAAUCACUUGAAAGAAAACUUGAAAAUAAUCCACAGAGACAUCAAACCGUCCAACAUUCUCCUGGAUAGAAAUGGCAACAUAAAGCUGUGUGACUUCGGGAUCAGCGGACAGCUGGUCGACUCUAUAGCCAAGACUAGAGAUGCUGGAUGCAGACCUUACAUGGCUCCCGAAAGGAUAGACCCUAGCGCUUCUAGACAAGGCUACGACGUGCGCUCGGACGUCUGGAGUUUGGGAAUUACGCUGUACGAGCUGGCCACCGGCCGAUUCCCAUACCCUAAGUGGAACAGCGUGUUCGAUCAACUGACGCAGGUGGUGAAGGGCGAUCCUCCUCAACUGAGCAACUCGGAGGAGAGACAGUUUUCUCCCAAAUUCACCAACUUCGUUAAUCUCUGCCUUACAAAGGACGAGUCGAAAAGGCCAAAGUACAGGGAGCUUCUGAAGCACCCGUUCAUCCUGAUGUACGAGGAGCGAGUGGUGGACGUCGCCAGUUACGUGUGUAAAAUUCUGGACGAAAUUCCUGCCUCCCCCAGCUCUCCGAUGUACGUCGACUGAUAGCGCAAUGUAAAGCCCCCUCCACUGAACGCAACGUAACUCGGCAGCCGUUUCGCCGCAGACACGUCGUCCACGUUUCACGACUCCACCCUGCUUUUAAGGAUCGGCUUUUCGUCUUCGAAACCAAUUAGCGUACCGUUCGAUAAACCAAGCUAGAGAUAAGAAUAAGAACGAGAAUCAUUUCUAUUCGUGGCGUGCUAUUUAUUUUCAAUGCCACGUGUCGUCGUGUAGCUGAUUUGCAUAAUAGUACCAUUUAGAACAAGACUUAAAUGGGGGGGGUCUAAACAAAAAGCGCCCAUACACGUUUUAUAAUAUUUCUACCAUAGGACACGUCAUUUAGAGUCAUACGCUGAAGCAUCCGUUCCAAAUGGUUGCAUUUUUCUGACGUUUUGUCGCUCCACAUUUUAUUCAUCUGAACGAAUUCUGUGACACGAGGAUGCUGUCAGGCGCCAUUCAGCAGAUCAGUGGGUAGAAAGAAACACCAUCAUCCUUCAAGUGGUUUUGUAUAAAUAUGCAACUUUAAACUCGCCAAAAUUUUAUUAAAUAAAUAAAGAAACUGGUAUGGUGUACACACUUGUAAACACUCCUAUCUUACUGUAAAUAGACACGUUACAGUACACGUCACCCCACCGAAAGUCCUUAACGCUACUAUAUUAUUUUGCCACUUUUUUUCCCCCUUCCCCAAAAUCGGCUCCAGACAUCUUGCCGUAUGUGUGCGUUCUGAAAGAUGUUCGAAAUCUCCCUGUUUAGGGUUUCUCACUUUAAACUAAAUAAUGUACACGUUUUUUUUUUGUUUUUUUGCCGCAAAAGCAGUCUUUCACUAACUCACGUAAUAGGACGACUCAAAUAUGACACUAGAUAGCUUUGAAGAUGGGAAUGUUUUUUUUUUUUUGUUUUGUUUUUUUAAAAAGAGAUCAUUGGACACACUUAAGUGCAUCACUGACCUGAAGAAUGCUUAAUUCUACAUCCUUUUUAAGGGCAUACAUUGUUUUGUUUUUUUUUUUGGACACAAUCUUUGGACUGUACAAUAUGGCGCCGUAGUAGAAUAUUUAAUAUUAGAAGGUAAAAUAAGAUGGAUUUUUAUGUAACGUUAUAUUGUAUGGGUAUAUAGAGCGGGAAAUAUCCGAAUUGUUCACACUGUGAAAAGAGUUUUAAGUGUAUACAGUACAUUGUGAACAGCAAUCUGUAUAAUUAAAUACAAAUAAAUAAUAAUAAUAUUGAAAUGAAGUUGUAAUUAGAGGAUGCGCAGGGAUAUUAUCUUUACGUCUGCUUUUUUUUUUUCUUUCCGGAGAUAUUAACCUUUGACGGUCUGAGCUAUUCGUCUUCUACACUACACAUAUUUAAAGGAUAUCGAUGAAAUCUUAGUGUUCUUGUAGUACUGAUGAGAGCGAAGCCUGCAGGUCAGUUGUGAUAAGGCUUGGAUGUGAUUGUGACCUUAUCAUGCUCAUUUUUCUUUUCUUUCUUUUUUUUUGUUUCUCGUCUGGAAAAAAACAAACAAAUGGACUGAAUGCUAGAAUAAAUUCUAUGAGUUAGCCUCUG